AUGGUGGUGGCGUUGUUGAUAAGAAACACAAACCAGUUUUUUAAAAGUCUAUUGAGGAAGAGGAGUCAAGCUGAAUUGAGUCCUGUUGUCUCUGCAGCCAUCAGAAAUGUCAUGGGGCAACAGGCCCCACCAGCAGUCUCUCCUAAUACUAAACCUGAGCAGAAACAGAUGAUGGCUCAGAAGGAAUCUAACAGAGAAGGAGGGUUGCAGAAAGGCCCCUUUGCCAAUAUGGUGCUGAAAGCCUUGAAGCCUUUCCAGUCUGAGACGCAAGACGGCAAGCGAGAGGUGUUUCAUGCUACAGUGACUGCGGAGAAGGUAUUCCUCUUUAUAAAAGUUUUUAACACAUAGCUUAAAGAUAAAUUCAUUCCAAUGUUUGGUGCUAAAUUUAAUCAUGUCAAUGUCCUCCAAAGCAUCAGAAAAGCUGGUGAAACCUCAAAGAUCAACAAGUUUCAAACUCAGCCCCUUGGAAGAACUGUGAAUGGGUUGUUUGUAGUCCAGAAGUUAAAACCUUAUACCUCAUUUCUUAAUGAGAGAAUUGUGUUUUAUUUGACCUAGAUGACAGCAGGGAGGAUGGACGUACUGGUGCUUGGAAAGACGAAUAAAAUAAAAUGCGAGGAAGGAGAUAAGCUUCAACUUACAGUCUUUGGGAUGUUGAAAAGAGAAAAACUACAGUUGAAAUCUAGGGUUCAUAUCUUCAUAAACAUGAGAACUACAUGGAACAAAGUCAACUCUCCAAGGGGAUGA